CAUCGAAACGGGCAGAGUUAAUUAUUUUUUGUAAUAAUCAAACGUGAGGCGCUCUAGAAACUUGUGCGAGUGUCGGGAAUAGUAUAGGCGUUUCUAACAAUAAUAAAAGUGAAGUUGAAUUAAAUAAAUAAGCAUCAAUUAAAGUGUUAUUUGAUCAAGUCGUUCACGUUGACGACGCCAGUGCUGCGGGGUUGGCAAAACAAGUUGCCCCUUCCUACUGGCCAAGACUUUUGGCUGCACCAUUUUAAUAAGUGCAUUUGACUGUGAAAUAGAUCUGUGAAACGCCACAUUGAAUUGAAUAUAAAUGUGUCUUUAAGUCAAUACUGAUUGGUGAUUUGUUCAAACAAAAGCCAAAAUGAGGCAGGCAAUUAGAACGACGACCACUUCAACAAUUUCCAUUUGCUGCUGCUUCUUACUGCUAAGCAGCAACAGCGUGGGAAUCGCACAAGCAGAUUCCUUUAGCGAUUACUUUUCCGACUAUGAAUGCAACCAACCGCUGAUGGAGCGUGCCGUUUUAACGGCCACUUCGUCAUUGACCCAACGUGGCCCAGAGAAUGCGCGUUUAAAUGGUAACUCCGCUUGGACGCCCGUCGAGAAUACGUAUAACCAUUUUUUAACACUCGAUCUGGGCGAGGCGGUCAUGGUGCGUAAGAUCGCCACCAUGGGACGCAUGCACACCGAUGAGUUCGUGACGGAGUACAUUGUCCAGUAUUCCGAUGAUGGCGAAUAUUGGCGCUCGUAUGUUAAUCCCACGAGUGAGCCGCAGAUGUUCAAGGGCAACUCGGAUGGCAAUUCCAUACAUUAUAAUGUAUUCGAGGUGCCCAUUAUUGCACAAUGGGUGCGGAUUAAUCCCACUCGCUGGCAUGAUCGCAUCUCCAUGCGUGUCGAGCUCUACGGCUGUGAAUACAUAUCGGAGAAUCUCUACUUCAAUGGCACUGGUCUGGUGCGUUAUGAUCUUCGUCGUGAGCCAAUUGCCUCAUCCCGGGAAUCAAUACGUUUCCGCUUCAAGACCGCCUUUGCCAAUGGCGCCAUGAUGUACUCCCGUGGCACUCAAGGCGAUUACUAUGCCCUGCAGCUGAAGGAUAACAAAAUGGUGCUGAAUCUGGAUCUGGGAUCGGGCAUUAUGACAUCGUUGUCGGUGGGCAGUCUGCUGGACGACAAUGUGUGGCACGAUGUUGUCAUCUCUCGAAAUAAGCGUGACAUUAUUUUCUCUGUGGAUCGUGUUAUUGUACGUGGACGUAUUCAGGGAGAGUUUAGUCGAUUGAAUCUGAAUCGAGAGCUGUAUUUGGGUGGAGUACCCAACGUGCAGGAGGGUCUCAUUGUCCAACAGAACUUUUCGGGUUGCCUGGAGAAUAUUUAUUUGAACUCGACCAACUUUAUACGCACUAUGAAGGACAGCUACGAUCUGGGAGAGGCUUAUGUGUACACUAAGGUGAACACCAUAUAUGCGUGUCCAUCGCCUCCAAUUUAUCCUGUUACCUUCACGACACGUCGAUCGUUUGUAAAGUUGAAGGGUUAUGAAAACUCGCAACGUUUGAAUGUCUCCUUCUAUUUCCGCACCUACGAGGAGAGCGGUGUGAUGGUGCAUCAUGACUUCUACUCUGGCGGGUUUAUCAAAGUAUUCUUGGAGUUUGGCAAAGUCAAGAUCGAUCUGGUGGCCAAGGACAAGCCACGCAUCAUUCUAGACAAUUAUGAGGAGCAGUUCAAUGAUGGCAAAUGGCAUUCGUUUGUGCUUUCCAUUGAGCGCAAUCGGCUCAUUGUCAACAUCGAUCAGCGGCCAAUGACAACGACCAAGAAUCUACAGAUAUCUACAGGACUUUUGUACUACAUCGCCGGUGGCAAGGAUAAGAACGGUUUUGUGGGCUGCAUGCGUUUGAUCUCUGUGGAUGGAAACUACAAGUUGCCUCAGGAUUGGGUGCAGGGCGAGGAAGUCUGUUGUGGUGAUGAGGUGGUUGUCGAUGCCUGCCAGAUGAUCGAUCGCUGUAAUCCGAAUCCCUGCCAACACAAGGGUGUGUGCCAUCAGAACAGCAUGGAGUUCUUCUGCGAUUGUGCGCACACAGGUUAUGCGGGCGCUGUGUGUCACACCUCCAACAAUCCUUUAUCCUGCCAGGCCCUGAAGAAUGUGCAGCACGUGCAGCAGCGUGUUAAUCUGAAUAUCGAUGUGGAUGGCAGUGGUCCAUUGGAGCCUUUUCCAGUUACCUGCGAGUUUUACUCUGAUGGACGUGUCAUAACCAUGUUGAGUCACAGCCAGGAGCACACAACGACGGUUGAUGGCUUCCAAGAGCCGGGUUCCUUUGAGCAGUCCAUCAUGUAUGAUGCCAACCAGCUGCAGAUCGAAGCUCUGCUCAAUCGCUCUCAUAGCUGCUGGCAGCGUCUAAGCUACUCCUGCCGUUCCUCGCGUCUCUUCAACUCUCCCUCUGAAGCUGGUAACUUCCGUCCCUUCUCGUGGUGGAUUUCGCGCAACAAUCAACCUAUGGAUUAUUGGGCAGGUGCUUUGCCCGGUUCGCGUAAAUGCGAGUGUGGAAUCUUGGGCAAAUGUCACGAUCCGACCAAGUGGUGUAAUUGUGACUCCAAUUCCCUGGAGUGGAUGGAGGAUGGCGGUGAUAUACGUGAAAAGGAGCAUCUGCCAGUGCGUGCCGUUAAAUUUGGUGACACUGGAACGCCGCUGGACGAGAAGCAAGGUCGCUACACGCUUGGACCCAUGCGCUGCGAGGGAGACGAUCUCUUUAGCAAUGUGGUUACGUUCCGUAUAGCCGAUGCCUCAAUUAAUUUGCCUCCCUUUGACAUGGGACACUCGGGUGAUAUCUAUUUGGAGUUCCGCACCACACAGGAGAAUGCCGUACUGUUCCAUGCCACUGGACCCACGGAUUAUAUCAAGUUGAGCUUGAAUGGCGGCAACAAACUGCAGUUCCAGUAUCAAGCAGGCAGCGGUCCGCUGGGAGUUAAUGUGGGCACCAGCUAUCAUCUGAAUGACAACAACUGGCAUACGGUGAGCGUCGAGCGUAACCGAAAGGAAGCGCGUCUGGUUGUUGAUGGCUCCAUAAAGGCGGAAGUGCGCGAACCACCAGGCCCAGUACGUGCUCUUCAUCUCACCUCGGAUUUAGUCAUUGGUGCCACAACCGAGUACCGCGAUGGCUACGUCGGCUGCAUCCGUGCGCUGUUACUCAAUGGCAAAAUGGUGGAUCUGAAGCAGUAUUCAAUGCGUGGUUUGUAUGGCAUCAGCACCGGCUGUGUAGGACGCUGUGAGUCAAGUCCUUGCCUCAACAACGGCACCUGUAUUGAGCGCUACGAUGGUUACAGCUGCGACUGCCGUUGGAGCGCCUUCAAAGGGCCCAUUUGUGCAGAUGAGAUUGGCGUCAAUUUGCGUUCCAGUUCUAUUAUACGCUACGAGUUUGAAGGCUCCUUCCGCUCCACAAUUGCUGAGAACAUACGCGUGGGCUUUACAACGACCAUACCUAAGGGUUUCCUGCUGGGAUUCUCUUCGAAUUUAACUGGCGAAUAUCUGACUAUACAAAUCUCAAAUUCAGGUCACUUGCGUUGCGUCUUUGAUUUUGGCUUUGAGCGUCAGGAAAUCAUAUUCCCUAAGAAGCAUUUUGGUCUUGGUCAAUAUCACGAUGUGCGAUUUAUGCGCAAGAAUAGUGGAUCAACGGUGGUGCUGCAAGUGGAUAACUACGAGCCUGUGGAGUAUAACUUUGAUAUUAAGGCCUCGGCGGAUGCGCAGUUUAAUAACAUUCAAUACAUGUACAUUGGCAAGAACGUUUCGAUGACUGACGGUUUUGUUGGUUGUGUGUCGCGUGUGCAAUUCGAUGAUAUUUAUCCUCUCAAGCUGAUGUUCCAACAGAAUCCUCCCAAUAAUAUCAAGUCCCUGGGCACUCAAUUGACCGAAGACUUUUGCGGCGUUGAGCCGGUAACGCAUCCACCCAUUGAAAUUGAGACCAGGCCACCGCCAUUAGUGGAUGAGGAGAAGCUACGCAAGGCUUACAAUGAAGUGAAUUCUGUGCUGCUCGCACUCUUGCUUGUCAUACUUUUCCUGUUGCUCUUACUAAUGUUCUUCCUGAUUGGUCGCUAUCUGCACCGACAUAAAGGCGAUUAUUUGACGCAUGAAGAUCAUGGCGCCGACGGAGCUGAUGACCCCGAUGAUGCUGUGCUCCAUUCGACCACAGGUCACCAGGUCAGGAAGCGUACAGAGAUUUUCAUCUAAGUUCAAACAUCACAAGAUCCGCAAUUCUGUUGAAAAUCAAUUGCCUUAAACAAACAAACAACAGCAACUCACAAAGGAGUCAUUGGACUUAUUCAAAAAUAUGUACACACACAAUCAAACAAAUUAGAAUAUGAAUAUGAUAUGAUAAUAUAUUAUCAAGGCUUUUUCCAAACACUGCCAAUUAUAUUGGGCAAGUUUAAUGCUUCAAAUUUGGUUAACAAUUGGUUGCUAUUUACAUACUUACCUUAUCAUAUUUUACCGUUUUAAUUUUGUUGUUUAAUGGCAUUCUAUUUUAUUUUACUUUUGUACUUCGAACUUUGAAAUCUCAAUAGUCAUCCAAAACCGUCCAUUUUUGUUUAGUUGACUUUUAUACAUAUUUUGUUUACCAAAUUAAGUUAAGUCCCCGUCAACCAGCCAAUUACAUUUAUGUACUGUACAAUUUUACAUAAAUACAUAGACAUUCCAUUAUAUUUAAUACGAACUUUUUCUCUCUAUAUACUUAUAAUGUAAAUCAUUUCAAAUGUCUUCUAAUUUACAAAAAGAUAAAAACGAAACAAGUGAAUCAUUUUGUAGUAAAACGAAAUGCUAAGUUUUAAACAUUUAGUAACAAAAUGAAAACGAAUUGUAUUUUUGGAAAAUGCAAUUGCAUAUUUGAAAUAUACUUUAACAUAUGUAUAUAUGGAAAGAACUAUUAUAUACACUGUGUGUUUACACAGACACUGACAUAAUAAAGAAUUUUCAAAUUUCAA